AUAGUAAUAAAAACUCGUUUUUAUUUUUGAUGUCAAUAUUUUUCUACGCGUGUCACCGCAGUGCCUCCUAAGGAAGUGUAAUUUAUUGUAAAAUUACAUGGAAACACUUCUUGAAGAAAGCUUCAGGAAGUGCAUGAACGUCUGAAAAGUGCGAGAAGUGGAGCUGCUAUUGAGAAGUGACAGAAGUGUCGUGAAAAUGGAAGAAGAAAUUCAAUCUCUUUGCCCCAAAAUCUGGGACGUCGUAGACGUGGAGCGGCAGAAGUUCUUGCAAGGCUGGCUGAAGAUUCAAGAGUACGCUGAAGAGGCAACGUCGAUUCCUCUGAAUGUGAAACUUCUGCUGGCCGCUGUGGGAUUCUACGAUCCCGUGAUGCUGGCGACUCUGACGGAAAAGGAAAUCGGGAUUGCGGAGUCCUGCACCAGGAGCUUGAUGGUGAGCGGAGUUUCCUGUGGUCAGGAGCACAAUUGCGAGGAGCUGGUCAGGAAGAGUCUCUGGGGUGGUCACUACAAUCGACCGCAAACCUUCCAAAUCAAGCCUGGAUACAAGAACGUCUUGCUCUUCAUCACGAAGACACUGAAGAAGGGAAAGGGCAUGCCAAUCAAUGAGAGAAGCACUCCCACCAGCAGUUGUGGUGAAGGAGAAAAUUCUGAAAUUUGUAAUAAGGAAUUCCUGCUCAGAAAAGUAAACAAAUGGAUUGUGUCGAAGAAUGCAGAUUCUAGAAUUCUCCUCGUAACUGAGAUUACACUGUCAGCACCGAGGAAAGCAGAAAUCUUGUGUCCUUUCUGCGUGUCGGCGAUUCAAGUGACCCUCCAUGAUCGCCGAUGGGUGAUAUCGAACUUCCAGAAGCACUACGACAGACACAUUGGAGAUGUUCCGAUCAAGAAAAGGAAGAAGAUGCAAGAAUCCAUUCUGGAGCUGUGUAAGCUUGAGUAUGGCGAACAAGGAUCAACGCCGGAGAAUCAGCAGAAGAGAAUAAAAGAAGAAACGGGCAUUAAGAUAAAAGAUGAUGUGAGAGAUGAUCCUCUAUUUUCUCAAGAAAGUGAUGAUGAAUUUAUGUGAGGAACGUGAGCAAAAUACUCAAAAUAUAAAAUAA